GGCGCAGUGCGCAUUCUGGCUGCCAGUGCGCAGGUCACCGGUGAGAGCGGUCCGUGUUGGGUGACUUUGCGCUUUGGGUCUUUUCUGAAGCAUUUCGUGCGUUUUCGCCCCGUGUGUUUUGGAGCCUCCUUCGUUCUUCCCCAGCGGUUGUUGGCUGCGUGGGUGCGUGCGUCUCCCGCGGAGCGGCGAUUGGCGCAGGAAAGGGGAGCCGGCGGCGGGGGCGACAUUUUUGAUCGGCGCCCAUUGAUUUGGCGAGGGUCCGGGGACGGCCGGAGGGUCCGCCAGCGGGCAUCCCGCACCGCCGCCGGCGGCGGCCUCAUGUUUAUUCCCGACAAUAGGCUGAAUAGGUCAAUGUGAUUGGUCGGCCGGCCGGCUGCGGCGCGCGCUGACGUCACGGCGCGUAUUGAAUGGUCUCCUCUGCCGGGGGACGGGCGCAAAUCACUCUGGCCGGCCGGCGGCGCGGCGCCCGACCCUGGGAAUCGGCCGGCAGGAGGCGCCCCGGACAGUGCGUGAACGCUGCGUGAUCGGCCGCCGCACCGGUCGGGCCCGAGAGGCAGAGUGCACCGCGAGCGUCACCAUGAGCUGGAACUUGAGCAACGCGGCCGGCGGCUGGCCGGCCGGCGGCCACAACGUGCAGGCCGCCGACCAGUACUACAACAACGGCAAGUACGGCGGGGUGAACUAUGAGAACUUCCAGCAGUACGCCGCCCAGGCGCACCAGCACUUUCAGCGGUACAGCGCGCCGUACCCCAACCUGGGCAACCUCAGCGCCAAGGCCGUAUACGAACAGUGCGCCUCGUACUCGCCGACCCCCGGCUACCCGGGCACCCCGGCCAGAACGGAGUCGGCCGAGGGACGCGACUUCACCGCCUGCAAGAUGCCGGCCGGCUUCGGCGGCGGAGUGCACGACAGCAUGCAGGGCCUGCACAUGCAGAACUUUGCCGGCAUGGAGGACAUGCACUAUGCGGCAGCGGCGGCCGCCGCCAAAAACCCCGGAGGAAUCUUCCCCUGGAUGAAGGCUCCGUAUACAAUUGACCCGGGUCACACGCCGAAGCGGACGCGGCAGUCCUACACCCGGUUCCAAACUCUGGAGCUGGAGAAGGAGUUCCGGACGAACCGCUACCUGACGCGGCGGCGGCGGAUAGAGAUCGCCCACGCCGUCUCGCUCUCCGAGCGACAGAUCAAGAUCUGGUUCCAGAACCGGCGCAUGAAGGCCAAGAAGGAGACAAAACAAGUAGACUCCACAGAACGUGACGACGCUGACGACGACGCCUCCGGAGACAAAUCUGUCGGCUCGUCGCCGCCGGCGCCGCGCCCGGCUCCCGUCGCUUUCGACGCGACGCCCUCGUGCUCCUCGAGCCUGGUGACGGGAAACUCUCUGGAUGACAUGCUGCCCACGAUGCCGGCCAUGCAGACCUCGCUGUCGGCGGUGCAGCACGUCCAGCACGGUCACCAGCCCCAGCACCAGCACCACUACUCAGGUAUCAAGUCCGAGGCGCACUCGGCGUAACCUCCUCCAGGGGUCUCAUAAAUCUCACGACGGAGCUGGCGUAGCCUCGUCGAACGGGUUGGUGAUUUGACGCAGCAAUGCGCAUCUGUAUAUGAAAGUGGGCGCUAUUUGAAGUGUAAUUACCUUUUGCUGUGACAGUUGUUCAGGGAUUUUUGCAUUUGUUUUGCCAUCUAUUCUGUGAGUAGAUGAUCGAGUGGAACGCACGGUACGGGUAUAUUGCUUUCAGUUUGAAUAGUUUGUAUUAUUUUGUCACUCACUUUGCGGGUUUUUCGCGGGUUGCUUAUUGCUUCGCUUUUAUAUUUGUUUAUAUAAAUGAAAUGUUUGCUCAUCGGCAUCAUUUUAACUUUGCUCUAAGAGUCUUGAUUCAUGAUUUGAUGACUUUCUCAGGUCAUUAGAAGCAUCGAUGUACAGUUCGCUGUUAUUAAGAUUACCUACUAUUUUAUGUUAUAUCUUAGCCUUUACCUCCAGCAGCUUUGUUCCGAAAUAUUUCCUCAGAUAAAUCUUGCUAAUGUAAAUUCAACGCACUAUCAUCCACGCAGGCCUCGAGUUUUUCUAUCUUUUGAAUUCUGAAAUACGCCCUCGCGUGCUAAACCAACUCCGUGUCAUAUUUCCACCUUAUCCCAGCUUCUUGAGCCUUCUCCUGUCGCUCCUCACAUAUCCCUUACCUGUUCGCGCAUCUAUCGUUAACCAAACCCCCUAUUAGCACAUAUCCACGAGCGCGGCACCUGAUCCUUGGAUCCGCGAGUUUGCGCGGUCCCGUUACACCUUGAGCUACCUGAUCGUCCACCGCUCCUCCCACCUCACCAUCCUAUCCUGCCGUCUGCCAGCGCUGGCCCGUGGUCAUCGUAAUCCCCGGUACGAUUAGGCCGGGCGCGCGCCAGCCGCUCCCUGCGGACCCCUAAUUACCAGUGUCGCACUCGGACUCGCUAAUUGAAAGAGGCGGCAGUAAUAACACCCGAGCGGCACAGGGAAAGCGCCGGCCGGCCUCCAGAGAGUGAGGGUUCGAGACGCACGAGCGGAGCAGAAGGCCUAGUCGCUCCCCUUUGCCGGACGGCGGUGCUAGCUUCUUGUGCGUGUGCCUGGACGGGACUGCAACGCUCGGAGGUGCGUAGGAUGUGCGUGUGCGUAAGAAAGUGCGUGUAUUGUAGUAUGCGUGUGUAUUGUGUCGAUAUUUGUUGUUGAGAUUCUUUGACGGUCACUUACGUGUGUGGUUAGGAAUGGUGCGAUCCAAACCAAAGAUAUCGGCACCUCGCCUUCACUGUGUCUGUCGCGAUACUGUAGAAACACAUUGUCCCUGCCUGUUGUUGUGUCUUGAUAAAUGCAAGCUCGACCUCACUACCUCAUCGUGACCUUAGGUAUCCCGUGUUGCUGCACACGUGGUGUAUCACGUGUUUCGUGUUCUUGUGCACGUGGAGAAUCACGUGUUCUGUGUUCCUGUGUUCGUAGAGUGCAACGUGUGUGAUGAACUCAGGUCAACUCAGGGUAUAUACAAUUAAGUGUAAAUGCGACCCGAUGUUGUAUAUAUGUGCGACGCAAUCCUAGGGUUGGCACCGUUCGUUGUUGUGAUUUGGUGGUCAUUUGCACCCACCGCCCGGCUGACCAAGCCCUCUAUCGUUUGGCUUGCUCUGGACAGCUCAUCUAAUAAAUCUCGAUGUAGCUA